AUGGAGGCUUUUAGCAACAUGGGGAACCAUCUGGUGUCAAACUCUGCCGCGGCGAUCAAUGCCAGCGAUGACAUUUCCACCGUCGACCCUGAUGAGAGCGUCCUCAGUCUGGCCAAGGGCCCUAGAAGACGCCAGCACGAUGAUGACGAAACCGAUAGUAUCGAAGAAGACGAUCUCGAGAGUCUGGCCUCGGCUGCGGUCGAUGUGAACGGAAAGAAACAGGUCCAAAAGCCGGAGGAAGUCAAAGAGUUACCUGCCCAUGCCUGCGCCUACUGUGGCAUCCACAACCCCAGCAGUGUCGUUCGGUGUCUGACAUGCUCAAAGUGGUUUUGCAGCGCUCGUGGAAACACUUCCUCUUCCCACAUUGUCAACCACCUCGUGCGAGCCCGCCACAAAGAAGUCCAACUGCACCCCAGCAGUUCUCUGGGUGAUACUGUGCUAGAAUGCUACAACUGCGGAACGAAAAAUGUCUUCUUACUUGGCUUCAUCCCUGCGAAGUCGGAUACUGUGGUGGUUCUGUUAUGCCGCCAGCCAUGUGCUGCGAUGCCUUCAUCCAAGGACAUGAACUGGGACACUUCGAGGUGGCAGCCAUUGAUCGAAGACCGUUCCUUCUUGUCUUGGCUUGUCUCACAGCCCACUGAUCAGGAGCAGCUCCGAGCCCGGCAUUUGAGCCCUCAAAUGAUUGCCAAGCUGGAAGAAUUGUGGAAGGAAAAUGCGAACGCUACCAUCACCGAUCUCGAAAAAGCCGCCAACAUCGACGAUGAGCCUGCGCCGGUCAUGCUCCGGUACGAGGACGCCUACCAGUAUCAGAACGUCUUCGGGCCGCUGGUCAAGAUCGAAGCCGACUACGAUCGCAAAUUGAAGGAGAGCCAAUCACAAGACAACUUGGUAGUCCGUUGGGAUCUUGGUCUGAACAACAAGCACCUUGCAAGUUUCGUUCUCCCUAAACUCGAACUGGGCGAUGUCAAAUUGGCUGUGGGUGACGAAAUGCGCCUCAAGUACUCCGGCGACCUGCGACCGGCCUGGGAAGGCGUUGGCUAUGUCAUCAAGAUCCCUAACAAUCAGUCUGACGAAGUCACCAUUGAAUUGAGAUCCAAAGGCGACCACAAAUCCGUUCCGACCGAAUGCACCCAUAAUUUCACUGCUGACUACGUCUGGAAGGCAACGUCCUUUGACCGCAUGCAGCUGGCCAUGAAAACUUUCGCCAUCGACGAAUUGAGCGUCUCAGGCUACAUCUUUCAUCGCUUGCUCGGCCAUGAAGUUGCCGCUGCCCCAAUGAAGACACAGCUGCCCAAGAAAUUCAGCGUGCCUGGUCUGCCCGAGCUUAACGGCAGUCAGAUAAACGCUGUUAAGUCUGUUCUACAGAAGCCCUUAAGUUUGAUCCAGGGUCCGCCAGGUACUGGUAAAACUGUCACAUCCGCCACGAUCAUCUACCACUUGUCCAAAAUCAAUGGCGGUCAGGUCCUUGUCUGCGCUCCUUCCAACGUCGCCGUGGACCAAUUGUGCGAACGCAUUCACCGAACAGGCUUGAAGACUGUCAGGGUUACGGCCAAGUCCCGAGAAGACGUGGAGUCAACCGUGGGAUUUCUAUCGUUGCACGAGCAGGUCCGAAUGAAUGAUAGCAAUGUCGAACUGACGAAAUUGAACCAACUCAAGUCCGAGUUGGGGGAGCUUUCCAGCCAAGAUGAGAAGAAGUACAAGUCGUUGACCCGUGCAGCCGAACGAGAAAUCCUUCAGAAUGCCGAUGUCAUUUGUUGCACCUGCGUUGGUGCUGGAGAUCCCAGAUUAGCCAAGUCCAAAUUCAGAACGGUCCUCAUUGAUGAGUCCACUCAGUCCGCAGAGCCGGAGUGCAUGAUCCCUCUGGUCCUCGGCUGCAAGCAAGUUGUUCUCGUUGGCGACCACCAACAGCUUGGACCUGUCAUCAUGAACAAGAAAGCGGCCAAGGCCGGGCUGAAUCAGUCUCUGUUCGAGCGGCUGGUGGCUUUGGGCUGCGCCCCGAUUCGGUUGAACGUUCAAUACCGGAUGCAUCCGUGCUUGUCUGAGUUUCCGUCCAACAUGUUUUACGAAGGAUCCCUGCAGAACGGCGUCACCAUGCAAUCUCGCACUCGGAGGGAUGUGGACUUUCCAUGGCCUGUUCAGGACGACCCAAUGAUGUUCUGGUCCAACCUUGGAAAUGAAGAAAUCUCUGCUUCUGGUACUUCAUACCUGAACCGCACCGAAGCGACCAACGUCGAAAAAAUCGUAAGCCGAUUCUUCAAAGCCGGCGUCAAGCCUUCAGAUAUUGGUGUUAUUACCCCAUACGAAGGACAGCGCAGCUACAUUGUCAGCUCCAUGCAAUCGACGGGCACAUUCAAGAAAGAAAUGUACAAGGAGGUCGAGGUUGCCUCGGUCGAUGCGUUCCAGGGACGAGAGAAGGACUUUAUCAUCUUGUCUUGUGUGAGAUCUAAUGAUCACCAAGGCAUUGGUUUCUUGAGCGACCCUCGUCGUCUCAACGUCGCCAUGACCCGGGCCAAGUACGGAUUUGUCAUCCUUGGAAACCCCAAGGUCCUGUCGAAGCAUCCGCUCUGGCACUAUCUCUUGCUUCACUUCAAAGAGCGCAACUGCUUGGUUGAAGGCCCUCUUAACAAUCUUCAGGUCUCGCUUCACCAGUUCAGCCGACCGAAACAGACUUAUCGUGGGCCUCAACGCUAUCAGAUGGCGUACAACCACGCGAGCCACAUGGCCAGCGGCAUGAUGAACGGUCGUGCUGCUCCACGCAACGACUUCCGCGAAGCGGCGGGCUCCGUUGUCGGGUAUAUCCCGGAUGAUGUUUCUUCUAUCCAUUCUUCUGCCAUGGGUGGAGUCGGCGUGCCGGCUGGCUAUCCGCCAAUGUUCCAGGGUUUCACGCCUGACCCGUGGCCCUCUCUUCAAAAUCAGAGCGCUGGUUCUCGCCGACAGAAUGGAGUGAAGCCAAGACCAGUCCCAGGUAGUGUGGCAGGGGAGUCUACAGUGGCGACUGAAUCGGACAUCACUGGCAGUAUCCUCGGCCAAGGAGGAGUCAGCCUGGACCAACUCUCCAUACAUGGCAACGGCAAGCAGCCGAGCUAUAAUCAGGCCGACCGCUUGAAGAGAUAUGUGGAGAAUGGUCCUCCCGCUGGGGGUUACAUGGCCAAGCACAAGUUGGGCAAGGGUAUGCAUGAGGAUGAAGAUGCUCGGAGCGUCUCUACUGCAUUUGCAAGUCAAGUCGGUGGUGGCUACGACUGA